AAGCGGAUUGGCACGGAUGUGAUUUAAGGUAUGCAUCGUACGGAUCGUAUAAACCUAAAAAUAUAACCCCUUCACUUCAAACUUGUCAUUAUUGCUUUGUUAUUAGAUGAAGAAGAAAGGAGAGGAAAUAAGAGAAGACAUAGAAUGUGGAUACAUGACAUAUUCAAAAAAAGAUCACAAUUUGGAGAAUAUCAUACACUGUUCACUGAUUUGCUCAACGACGACGUAAAAUUCUUCCAAUAUUUUCGUAUGUCUCAUGCCAAAUUCACAAAUCUUCUUGACAUCUUAGGUCCCCAUAUAUCAAGACAGAAUACAACAUACAGAGAGGCCAUAGAACCAGAACAAAAACUUGCUGUGUGUUUAAGGUUUUUGGCCAUUGGGAACUCUUUUCGUUCAGUUUCAUUUUCCUUUAGACUAGGAGAACGCACAGUACGAAGAAUCGUUUACUCAACAUGCGAAGCCAUAUCCCAGUUUCUACAGCCCCUAGUAAUGCCGAAACCACCUGAAGAAGUAUGGAGAGAAUCUGACGAAGGUUUUCGUGAAAAAUGGAAUUUUCCUAACGCGAUUGCUGCCAUUGAUGGAAAACACGUGUUGAUUCAGGCACCACCGCACAGUGGAUCAAAUUAUUUUUGUUAUAAAAACACUUUAGUACGGUGCUAUUAGUCUUAGUGGAUGCAAAUUAUAAAUUCAUAGUCGUAGAUAUUGGGGCUUUUGGCAAAAAUUCUGAUGCUAGCAUUUUGCGAAAUUCUAAUUUGGGUAAAGGCUUACAGAAUGGAACACUAAAUAUACCUUCACCAAAAAUACUACCAGGGGGCAAUGACGUAUUACCUCACGUCAUAAUUGGUGAUGAAGCUUUUCCAUUAUGCACGAAUUUGAUGCGACCAUACUCACGCGACGAUGCACAAAGAAACGAAGAAAAAAAAGUGUUUAACUAUCGGUUGAGUCGUGCUAGAAAUACUGUGGAAAAUAAGUUUGGAAUAUUGGCAAGGAAAUUUAGAAUUUUUGAACGUAGGUUGUCUCAAGAACACAUUGUGAGUGUUGUAAUGCCUACAUGCUGUUUGCACAACUUUCUUAGGAAUGACACGUGUCACUGGACAGAAAAUGAUUUGAAUAUUUCUAUUUCCAACAUGAGAGGACUGCAAGACUCAAGAAAUAUAGGUGGACAUUCGAAAACAGAUGCUUUAGCAGUUAGGGAUGGUUUCAAAAAUCAUUUCAAUUCAGCAGAAGGGUCAGCAGAAUGGCAAUUAAGGAGAGUUUGAGCUGGAAGGAGGUUCACGUGACUCUAUGAUACAGUUAACUGAAUAUUUUGUACCUAAAUGGCUCUAUUUUACUAACUACAUAUAUUGAAAUAUGAAUAAACUUACCAGUUUGAUUUAA